UGAAGGACCCAUGGUCUAACAGUAACACUCUCUUUUAUCUUCUUUUCAUCAUCUUCACUCAUUUCUCCCUCCAUAUCUAAUCCAAUCAUUAACAAUGGAUUCCGAAAUCGCGUUCGACAGGUCUCCGAGUUACCGAGUCUUCAAGAGUGGCCGCAUCGAGCGUCUCUCAGGUGAAACAACCGUCCCACCAUCACUGACCCCACAAGACGGCGUCGUCUCCAAAGACGUCGUCUACUCGCCGGAGAAAAACCUCUCCGCCCGCGUCUACCUCCCGGAGAAAGUCUCCGUUAAAAAGCUCCCGAUCCUCAUCUACUUCCACGGUGGUGGUUUCAUCAUAGAAACAGCUUUCUCUCCGACUUACCACACUUUCCUCAUCUCCGCCGUCGCCGCCGCUAAUUGUUUAGCCAUCUCAGUCGAUUACCGCCGUGCACCGGAGUUUCCGAUUCCGAUUCCGUACGAAGAUUCAUGGGAUUCUCUCAAAUGGGUCUUCACUCAUAUCACCGGAUCCGGUCCGGAAACUUGGAUAAACAGACACGGCGAUUUCAACAAAGUGUUUCUCGCCGGAGAUAGCGCCGGUGGGAACAUAGCUCAUCAUCUCACGACUCGAGCUAAAACAGAGAGACUUUGUUGUGAUUCUUUAAUCUCUGGGAUGAUCUUGAUUCAUCCGUAUUUUUGGGGGAAGACUCCUAUAGAUGAGUUUGAGGUUAGAGAUGUAAUAAUAAGACAAAAGAUUGAAGGAAGUUGGGGAAUUGCGAGUCCGAAUAGUAAAGACGGAGUUGAUGAUCCGUUGAUCAAUGUGGUCGGAUCAGAAGACUCUGAUUUAUCAGGGUUAGGAUGUGGAAAGGUUCUGGUGAUGGUAGCUGGAGAUGAUCUGUUAGUGACACAAGGUUUGUGUUACGGGGAGAAGCUGAAGAAGAGUGGAUGGGAUGGUGAAGUUGAGGUCAUGGAGACUAAAGAUGAGAGCCAUGUUUUUCAUUUGAAGGAUUCUAAGAGUGUUAAUGCUCGUCAAGUUGUGAUGAAACUUGCUGAGUUUAUUAAUUAAUGUGCUUGGUUGCAUGGUCGAUCACUUAAAGUUUAUAUGUAUUUCCAAAAGGAGUAUAAUUAUAUUGUCAAGUCACAAUUUUACUUUAAUUUGUAUGUAACAAAAAAUGUAGAAGGUUAAAUAGUUUACGGUUUAAUCACUUUAACGUA